UCGCCCUUAUCAAUUCCAUUGGGAUCUUUUUAUGCAUCAAUUUAUUUAACAUUUAUUAAGAUUGCGCUUAUAGACUAAUAUUCGUUAGACUAAAGUAUAUAUUUUUUUCAGCAUUAUUAGAUAAACCAGAGAACAAAACUGACAGUAAAACUGUUAAAACUUUUGAUAAAGAAGUUAAAGGAGAAUCCGAGUCUAAAGAAGAUGCUGAAACCAAAGAAGAGGUGAAAGAUAAAGAGGACGUGGUGGACAACGAAAAGGAUAACGCUAGUGAGAAAAAAGAAGACGAACCUGAAAAGGGUAGCGAUGAAGAUCUCAUGAAAAUUAUACGCUAUUUGAUUGCGGCUGACUGUGAUGUUAAUAUACAGGGUCCUGAAGGUAUGACAGUGCUUCAUAUGGCGGCGAUGCGCGGCGAUACAGACGUGUGCGACUUGUUACUGAACGAGGGCAGAGCCAACGUGGACCCGCGCGACCACGGCGGCUGGACUCCGCUCGUGUGGGCCGCUGAACACAAACACGUCAGGACUGUCAGAUUAUUGCUGUCGAAAGGCGCAAAUGCGUUGGCGAAAGACUUGGAAGGUAACGGCGCCAUACACUGGUGCGCGCUCGCGGGCGAUUCUAACGUGCUCAAGCUGCUGCUGGACGCCGCGCCCCUCGCGCUGCACCAGACCAACGCGCACCAAGACACGCCGCUGUGAGUGUCACACUAAUGUGUGCCAACACUAACAUGUACCAACACUAGCAUGUACCAACACUAGCAUGUACCAACACUAGCAUGUACCACCAACAC